AGUUAAACCACAACAAAGGAAAUGCUCAUGUGAAUUCAAGUACAUGCGCAUGAUAAAUAAGAAACGACAUCUCACAUACAGUAUAUCACCCAACAUCGAGCAGACCGGAGCUAUGUUUGCCUUCUAGAACUCCACGAUGCAUCAUCCACUCGUCCAGCUCAGUGAUGGACUGGCUCACAGUGGUUGCCGAACGCUUUUAUACACCAUGAUCGUCUUCCUUGUCCUUCUACAGUCCGGUGACGGUCAGCAUCAGGUGGUUGGUCCAUCUCAGCCAAUACGGGCAACAAUUGGUGAUGACAUCAUUUUGCCAUGCCACUUGGAGCCUGCCAAGGAUGCUUCUGACAUGAAGUUGGAGUGGGCGAGACCUGACUUGAACCCUAGGUUUAUACAUGUGAGGGCAAACCGUCAAGAAUACGUAAUUCACAAACAGCCAUCAUACAAAGGAAGAACAUCAGUGUCCAACGACAAACUGAAGCAUGGAGACGUUUCACUGACACUCUACAAAGUGAAAGUCUCUGAUGAAGGAUUGUACAGAUGCCUCAUUCCCUCACUGAAUCAAGCAGCUUUUAUUCAACUUAUCGUUGGUGCCGUCUCUUCACCUGUAAUCAGUUUGGAGAACAGAUCCAGCAGGAGAGUGGUGUUACAGUGUGAGUCUGCAGGCUGGUAUCCAGAGCCUGAGGUGUUGUGGCUGGACGGUGAGGGAAAGCUCCUCUCUGCUGGACCUACAGAGACAGUCAGAGGUCCUGAUGACCUCUAUACUGUCAGCAGCAGAGUGACUGUGGAGAAGAGACACAGCAACAGCUUCACCUGUAGAGUCCAACAGAACAACAUCAACAAGACCAGAGAGACACACAUCCAGGUUCCAGUCCUCUCUAGGUAUGUGAAGUGUGUCAUGGCUCCAGGCUUGGUCUGUGUCUGGCUUUCUGGUGUCCUCACAGUACUUGGAUGGAGACCAAGGUUGACAGUGGUUCGUCAAUAUUUAAGUGAGAGGACUCAGAGGACUGACAACCAUAAAACAGCAGGAACAGAAAACCAAACGGCUCCACUGCAGCAAGAACUUCAGGCAGAGUAAGAAAAGAAAGUUGAGCUCCUGAAAAGUCUGAAGGAGACGGAAGGAGAGCUAAUGGAAAAGGAGCAAUCGUUUCAGUUGGUGCCACUGGAUUCACACUAACAUUGUUGUUAUGCGCAUGUUAGCAUGCUGACAAAUGACAUAUGUUAGCAUUUGGCACAAAGCACCUCCAUGCCUUAGUGUCUCUUCAGGGUGAAAUCGGUUAAAUGCAUCCCUUUCUAUGCAAUACAAUGAUUAGCGCGAACAGCCACAUGGAGUUACAGUGAAAUUAUGAGCGUCUCCAGAGAGCUGGUGGUAACUGAAGCGCACUGACAGACAGGGGUAUGAAAUCCCAGAUACUGUUUCUUUCUAUCGUGUUUAAAUUCCUUGCCUGAAGUUUUGAGGAACGCUUCUGCACCUUAUUGGUCAGGACCUGUAGCCUUCGUUUUUCGCUUUGCCAUUGUUCCUCAAAGGCAACAUUUAUACUUCGCCAUAGGGAUAAUGCCAUUGGCCACGUUUGCACUGUAACAUCAUUAGCGCAAGAUUUUUUUGUGAAUCUGACCUUGCGAUGGGGCAGAGAGUGGUCACAGGUGAUAUACAAUUCAUGGUGCUAUCAGCAGCCGCAAUCCAUUCUCUGUGGAUUCACCACUCAGUGACACAGACAAGUUGGGAGCUGGUGAUACAGUGCCACACAGUAACCACUGAGCCUUUUCUUUGGAUCAAAAUGGACAGUAAUGACUGCAAAGUAGAUUGCAGGUGUCAGCCUUCCCACUCUCUAAAACUUAAAGGCCUCCAGCACCACAAAACGGGCACUAGAGGACUAAGUUUGGAUUAAAUUUGAUAAUAUGCCCUCUAGCGUGCCCUAAAUGCAUCAGCACUUUAUAAAAUGACCCCUCUUGCCUGCAGUAUAUGUAGUAUACUGCAGUAUAUUAACCCAUCACUGUAAAUAGGAUGUCCAAUUAUUUAUAGUAUUUAUUCCAGCACUGUCAUGCCCUGCACUAUUUGAAGUUGUACUCUUACCUGGACAUUUGUUUGCUACUAGUUUGCUAUAAUCUUGCAUAAGGUUAUCUUUUUUUUUUUUUUUACUGUUUUAAUGUAUCAUUCCACAAAUGUGUCCUGUAUAGUGUUUAUACUUAUAUUGUGAGCAACUGUGAAUUGUGGUAUAAUUCCUUGUGAAUGUCAAAACCUGUGGUCAGUAAAGCUGAUAUGGAUC